CAGACCAAUCGGUGCCCUGACGGAAAGUGUGUGAACCAACCAGGUUACUAUAUUUGUGUAGAAGAGAGCAAGAUAAUUAAGUUUAUCCUCGUGGGUAUUGGAACAGGCCUGGUGACCCUACCCUUGCUUCAUUUGUUAUGGCUGUCCCACAAGAUCAUGAAGAUAAGGAAAGAAAUCAAACUCAAAGAGAGGUACUUCAAACAGAAUGGGGGUCUCUUGUUGCGGCAACAACUGUGUUUGUCUGAAAACAAUGUUGACAAGAGCAAAUUGUUCAGCUUAAAGGAUUUGCAGAAGGCCACUGACAAUUUCAACAAGAAUAGAAUACUCGGCCAAGGUGGGCAAGGAACCGUCUACAAGGGGAUGCUCGCAGAUGGAGGAAUCGUUGCCAUCAAGAAGUCAGAAGCGAUCAAUAUGGGAAAAGUUGAACAGUUUAUCAAUGAGAUUGCCAUUCUCUCGCAGAUCAACCAUAGGAAUGUCGUUAAGCUACUGGGGUGUUGCUUGGAAACAGAGUCGCCCCUUUUGGUGUACGAAUUCAUAUCGAAUGGGACUCUUUUCCAGUAUUUACAUGACAAUCAAGUAUCGUGGGACACACGCCUUCGAAUUGCUACUGAAGUGGCAGGAGCCUUGUCCUAUCUACAUUCUUCGGCAUCAAUCCCAAUCUUUCAUCGAGACAUCAAGUCUUCUAAUAUUCUCUUGGACGACAAAUACCAAGCAAAAGUGGCUGACUUUGGCACUUCCAAGUCGUUUUUGGUCAAUCAAACUCAUGUGACCACUAGUGUCCAAGGGACAUUUGGGUACUUAGACCCCGAGUAUUUUCAAUCAGGUCAGUUCACAGAUAAGAGUGAUGUGUACAGCUUCGGUGUGGUCCUCGUGGAACUCUUGACAGGGCAAGAGCCAAUCGCAUUUCUGGAAAAAGAUAAUAAGAGAAACCUUGCAAGCUUUUUUCUUCUCUCGAUGGACGAGAACUGCCUGUUCGACAUUGUGGACACUGGAGUUUUGAAACAAGGUGAGAAAGACGGGAUCGUCACCUUUGCUAACCUUGCGAGAAGGUGCUUGAAGUUACAUGGGAAAAUGCGACCUACAAUGAAAGAAGUGGCAAUUGAACUGGAGCGAAUUAGAAUGCUGGAUUAUUCUGCCAUCAAGCAUGGACAUAGCCAAGAGAACAGUAAGUAGCACACAUUUGAAAUCUGAGGUGUCCACACUAUCGAACUUGC